UAUUAAAAAAAAAAAAAAAAAAAACUCCCAUUAAAAAGAUGCAUUCGCGUUGCAGUAAUCAACACCACAGUGGAAUCUUAUCUUUUCUCGUGUUAAUCUCUUCUGAAAUAUUCCAUUAACAUGGAAGACAAAACUAGAAGUUACACCACCAACCUCGUGGAUCCAAAAAGCGGUUUCAACACUGCUUCUAGAACCUUCCACAGCCAUAUGCCCCCACUCAACCUACCUCCGCCUCACGCCAACAUCUCCGCCGCGGCAUACACCCUCUCCCUCCGCCGCAACUCGUCCUGGUCCGACUCGGUUAUCGCACUCGUCGACUCAGCCACGAGUCACCAACUCAGCUACUCAGACUUGAUCCAGCGUUCAGAAACCCUGGCCACCAACCUCACCACACUCUAUGGACUCACCAAAGGCCAAACCGCAUUCAUUCUCUCCCCAAACCUCAUACAGGUUCCGAUCCUCUACUUCGCGCUACUCUCUAUUGGCGUGGUCGUCUCUCCCGCAAACCCAAUCAGCACGCGCUCCGAGAUUUCCCGCCUCGUCAACCUCUGCCAACCUGUCAUCGCCUUUGCGACGUCGUUUUCCGCGCCCAAGCUCCCAAAACUCCGUCUCGGAACGAUUCUCCUCGACUCGCCCGAGUUCGACUCGCUCACGACGACUACCGCGGCUUCAAUCCUACGUGGCGGCGUGGAUGUGAGCCAAUCCGACGUGGCGGCGAUUUUGUACUCGUCCGGGACCACCGGGAAGGUGAAAGGCGUUAUGCUCAGGCACCGGAAUUUGAUGGCGUCAGUGGCGGGAUACGACGCCGUUCGCGUGCGGACGGAGAGCCCCGCUGUGUACCUCUAUACGGUGCCGUAUUUUCACGUGUAUGGUUUCACGUACUGCUUGAGGUCGGUGGCUAUGAUGGAUACGGUGGUGGUGAUGGAGAGGUUCGGUUUGGGGAAGAUGCUGGACGCGGUGGAGAGAUUCGGAGUGACUCACCUUGUGGCAGCGCCGCCGGUAGUGGUGGCGAUGAGCAAAGACGGAGUGACGGAGGGGCACGAUUUGACUUCGUUGCAAGGCGUCCGUUGUGGCGGCGCUCCGCUGGGAAAGGAAACCGUUGCGGCUUUCAAAUUAAGAUUCCCUGGAGUAUUGCUAGUUCAGGGAUAUGGGUUAACUGAAUCAACGGCUGGAGUUAUCCGAACAAUGGGUCCCGAUGAGACUAAUCGGCGGCCAGGAACAACAGGUAGACUGAUAGGAGGGAUGGAAGCAAAAAUAGUGAACCCCAAUACAGGAGAGGCCAUGUUUCCUGGUGAACAGGGGGAACUCUGGCUUAGAGGACCUACAAUUAUGAAAGGUUAUGUAGGUGACCCAGAAGCAACUUCAGUAACUUUGAGGGAUGGGUGGUUAAGGACAGGGGAUCUCUGCUAUUUCGACAAUGAAGGUUUCUUGUAUGUUGUAGACAGGUUGAAAGAAUUGAUCAAAUACAAGGGUUAUCAGGUGGCCCCUGCAGAGCUAGAACAAUUGCUCAUGUCUCACCCAAAGAUAAACGAUGCUGCAGUUAUUCCAUACCCUGAUGAAGAUGCUGGUCAAGUGCCCAUGGCUUUUGUGGUAAGACAGCCUCAAAGUUCCCUGAGCGAAGCAGCAAUAAUAGAUUUUGUAGCCAAACAGGUUGCACCGUACAAGAAAAUAAGGCAUGUAACUUUUGUCGAUUCUAUACCAAAAAAUGCAGCGGGAAAGAUACUGAGGAAAGACUUAAAAAAUAAAAUUGUCCUCCAUCGACCUUCCUCUAGGUUAUAAUGCUUAGUUUCAACCAUUGGCGGAACUACAUGGUUGUUUACGUGUGCAAAUACAGACACAAAAAAAAUUUCGUUUGAAAUAACUUGAAGAGUAAAAUACAUUUUGGGUUCUCAUCAAAAAUCACAGGGCCCAUUUUAAUCCAAGAAAAAAAAGUUGAUUUUUGGUCCUUUAAAAUUCAAAAUAGACACAGUUAGUCGAAAUCGUGGUCUCUCUAAAAUUCAAAAAAAAGCUCACGUUAGUCCCUGAAAAGGACUAACAUAGGUCUAUUUUAAAUUUCAGAGGGAUCAUGAGUCGACUUUUUUCCUAAGAGAUUAAAUUAGGUCCCGUAAUAUUUGUUGAGGACCCAAAAAUACUUUACUCUGGCUUAAAGUAACAUUUACAAAAAAUGAGAUAUGCGUGAAAUAGCAAAGCUUGAUAUAUGUGAAUAGUUUCUUUUAUCUUCUUAUUU